GAUCGCGCCGUAUACUGUACAGUCGACGCUCGCGUCGCGACAGACCAAUCGGCGAGUGCGAAGAUUACGACGACACGAAAGAAUAUGUUCGGGUAAGGCGGGACGCGAGCUUUCGCAUAACAAGACGUGCGUCCACAACGGCGGCACCUUAUAGUCUCGAAUAAUAACAAUAACGAUACAUAUAUUGUCGUUGUACGGACGUGUCGCGUUUCCGGCAUAAAGUCCGUCCGCCCGUCCGAUUUCGUGUGCCGUAUAAUACAUAUCCUAUAUAGAGACCGGAAGCGCUUGACGCCGCCGCCAUGGAACAGUUGAACUGGAUGGCGGAAUACGCUGCGUUCGUCAUCAUGCUCGGGCUGUCCGUCGUCAUCGGCCUGUACUACGGGUGCGUCUCCAAACAGAACACCGUCUCCGAUUACCUGUUAGGCGGCAAGCACAUGUCCGUCUUUCCGAUCACCAUGUCGCUGGUCGCAAGUCACAUUUCUGGCAUAACGCUGCUCGGAGUCCCAUCUGAGAUAUAUAGCAAUGGAACACAAUACUUGAUUGUCGGUGUGGUUAACAACAUAAUUGUCAUCUUCACGGUCAUAUACAUUUAUUUACCCGUUUUUUACGAUCUUCAGUUGACAUCAGUAUACGAGUAUUUGGGAUUACGAUUUGAUUCCAAUAUCCGUGGAUUGUCGUCACUCAUCUUCGCCGUGCACCUAAUACUGUACAUCCCUGUUGUGAUAUACAUACCAGCAUUGGCGUUCAAUCAAGUUACAGGACUCGAUGUGCAUUUAAUAACCCUGGUCAUUUGCGUCGUUUGUAUAUUUUAUACCACCAUCGGCGGACUGAAAGCAGUAGUGUGGACAGAUGCGAUUCAAAGUAUUUUCACAGCCGUUUCAAUCAUGAUCGUGAUCAUAUUGGGAGCUAUACAGGUCGGAGGGUUCGGAAACAUGAUCAGAGCCAACCAAGAAGGAGGCCGAAUAGAAUUUUUUAAGAUGGACCCAAAUCCGUUUUUGAGAAAUACUUUUUGGACCGUCAGCAUAGGCACGACGUUUCAAUGGCUCGCAUCACUGGGCAUUCAUCCGGGAGCCGUUCAACGUUUUGUAGCAUUGCCCACGUAUGCGAAAGCUCGAAAAGCUGCGAUUUUCUUUGUUCUGGGUAUGGCCGUCGUUAAACUCUUGACCGGCGCUAUAGGAAUGUUGAUCUACGCCAAGUACAAAGACUGCGAUCCCUUGAUGGCUAAUUACAUAGACAACGACAGGAAAUUAGUGCCGUAUUAUGUGAUGGACGUGGCCUCGAAAUUUCCAGGACUCACCGGUCUAUUCGUUUCCGGUAUUGUUAGCGCUGCCUUGAGUACAAUGUCAGCGCAGAUUAACACUGUGUCCGGUACGAUUUACGAAGAUUUCAUAGUGAAAAUGAUGGGCAUAACAGUGACCGAUUUGAAGGCCAGCGUUAUUAUGAAGUGCAUCGCAGUGAUCAGCGGUUUCAUAUGCGUGAUCUUGGUGUUUGUGGUUGAAAAAUUGAACGGAAUCCUUCAAAUGUCAAUCAGUCUGGGCAGUGUGACGAGUGGAGCGUUAUUGUCAGUAUUCACGUUAGGGGUUUGUUUUCCGUGGGCAAACUCCAGAGGAGCGAUGUGUGGGAUGUUAACUAGCUUGGCUGUCAUGGCUUGGAUAGUUGCUGGAGCUCAGUUCGCCAUAUACAACAACGAAUUGAAGUUCGUCGAGAAGGACGUUUUGAUAUCCGGAUGUCCCGCCAACACAACGUUCAGAAAUCAUACAGAUUUUUCAGGGUUAAGUCGGUUGAACGAAGACGUGUAUGCGAGUCCAAAUGUGUGGACAAUUUAUACAGUUUCAUACAUGCACUACAGUACCAUCGGCACUUUGGUUGGGAUCGCCGUCGGACUUGCCGUCAGCCUGCUGUUCCCCACAGACGAGAACGUAGAUCCCAGACUGCUAACGCCCUGUAUACGGAACUUUGUGUAUCCGAAGUACAUGGCCGAGACGGUGCCGAAGAACGGUAAAACCACCCACAACAAGACAGAUACGUACGAACCAGUGUCUCAGGAAACCAAACUAUGACGCAUGACGUGUAUUAACGACCGUAUAGUUCCACCCGACUUGAAUAUAGUGUUUUAUCUUUAAUAUAAUAUUAUACGGAAAAUAAUAACAAUAAGGCUCGUUUUUUUACUACUUGGAAAUAAUGUAUACCUACACAAUUUUACUAUCGAUUGCGUUUUUACACAUUAAUAAUCAAAAUAAUGUUUAUGUUAAAAAAAUAGU